CUCGAGUCAUCUUCCAAUAAGAACAGUCGUGUAUUGUGUAAAGAAAAACUAAUGUAAUAAUCCAGGUAUGGGAAGUUUAUUAGACAGACUGCGCUCGGGCGGGGAUCCUGAACCAGACUUACCAAAUCCGGAAACAGGGCUCUCUAAGCACGACGUGCACAACAUCAAACGCACCUGGGCAACGCUCCAAGCGGACGGGGAGACACACGGGAUGCAAAUGUUUCUGAGGUUGUUCCGGAUGAACCCAGACACACGGACAUACUUCACGACGAUAAAAGACAUGGACGAGGGUCAGAUAAAGAGCAGCUAUAAAUUCAAAGCGCACGUGGUCACAGUACUGUCGUUUUUCAACGCAGUAGUUUGUAACCUGGAUCAGCCUGCAGUGGUUGAAGUUCUGAUGACCAAGAUGGGGGAGACGCAUCGCCAACGCAAAGUAGACGCUAAGCAUUUUGAUGAAAUAAAGACAAUUCUGAUGGAAAUACUGAAGAAAGAUGUGGCCGUGGGAGACGACGCUGCAAGAUCCUGGGAACGUUUCAUAAAUUACAUGUACCAACAUUCAUUAAGCAAAAAAGUGGAUACUAAGGUUUAAAGUAGUUUUUAUUUUAUUGCAUACAUUUUUAAAAUAACCUAUCGCCUGUUGUUCUUUAUUAUCAAACUAAUUAUAUUUUUCCUAACACGUAAGAUUAAAUAAUUCUCAAAUGCCAA